AUGAAUGCUUCAGGAUGCAGCCUGCCCAGCUUUUUCAAUGCUUCGCAUAUGCUCCAAAGAGAGGUAUACUCAAACUCCACUGUUUUUCAGGCUCUAGAAAUUGAUCAGCCUUCCUUGUUCAUGAUACAGGAAUGGAUUAUUCAUCCAUCUUAUUCAACAAUGCAUAUUUUCCUAAUACCAACAGCCUUCUGCUGUAUCACGGCUCUUUUUUUAACACCUUCUAUAUUAUUUGCCAUAUACUCCAACAUCACCAUGCGCCAGGAAACACGGUUCUUACUCCUAGGAAAUACAAUCAUUUACGAUUUGAUAUACCUGUUGUUCUACACCCUGACCGCCAUAUGCAAUGUGAUGAACGUGAAGAUACCAAAAGUUGUUUGCAUUCUGUUUUUAUAUGUGCUGGUUGUUGCCUACUGGGGUGGUGUUCUCACAACAGCUUCGAUGGUGAUGGAUACGUAUUUGGCAGUCUUGUGGCCUCUACAUUAUUUAUCUCUGCUUCCAGCAAGAAGAACAUGGAAAUUGCUAAUGCUUGUUUGGUUCUCAUCUUUUUUUUUUCCUGCUGUUGUCCUCUUACCUUUGUAUUUUACCCAAAAGCCUCUGUUGUGCCCUUUUGAGUUCUGUUCCGUCCCAGUGAUUUUACUUCUAGCGUUACAUGGAGAUGAUACCUUCAAGUUUUUUUAUAUUUUAUUUGUUGCUGUUUUCCUUUUAUGCUUCUCUCUAAUAUUUUGCUGCUAUUUGGUUUUGUACUAUAAAACAAGAGAAACUGGGAUUUGGAAAAGUGUCUCCUCAAGGGCCAGUAUCACCUUUUUAUUGCACCACACUAUUUUGUUUUUUUACUUAAGCCCACUGCUCUUAAUUCUAUUGGAAUCUUUGCUCUAUAUGAGUAAAGUAAUUGGAUUAAGAACUGGAUUGUGGGUAACAAUGACUGUCUGCAAUGUAUUUCUUGUGUUUCCCAAGGCAGCGUCACCUUGUUUGUAUGGGCUUCGUUACAGACAAAUAUACAAGUCAUUCAGCCUGUUUUUUAGGUUAAGAAAACAUAGAGUGGUUGCACCUGUUAUCUCAAAUAUAUAAAACCAUUCAGCAAAAAGUUUAU